AUGCACAGAGAAGCAGUGGAUGUGGGUUCUAAUUGCCAGAAAGCGUGUUCCUGUUUAGCCCAUGAGUACUGCAGCACAGUUGAUUGGCUCCUUGUCCUGGUUCUCUACUUCUCACUUUCCCAGUUUGAUGUACAGACAGGGCCGUCCUUACCUUUCUCGCCACCUGGCCGGCCAGUAGAAGGGGAACGAACUGUCAUCUGGGCAAGAGCCAAGCUGUGCUUACAAGAUGUCAUCAAAACGGAAGAGUUCACCUGGAAAAAACAAAGGAAAGCUAUUGAUCUUGACAUGAAAGUGAAGAUCAUAAAUGACUAUGAAGCUGGUAAAAAAGUUAAUGCAAUAGCACAGGACGUGAAUCUGGCACAUUCAACCAUUUCAACCAUCCUGAAGGAUAAAGACAGAGUGAAGGAGGCAGUGAAAACAUCAACAGGUUUUAAAGCCAUAAUAACUAGGCAGCGGAAAUGCCUCAUCCAUGACAUGGAAAAAUUAUUGGCGAUCUGGUUUGAUGACCAAAUACAAAAAAGAAUGCCAAUGAGUCUUUCAAUAAUUCAAGCCAAGGCACUCAGUAUCUUCAAGACUUUGAAGGCACGUGAAGGUGAAGAGUCGACUGAAACUUUCACAGCAAGUCAUGGAUGGUUUCAGAGGUUUUGUCGCAGAUUUAACCUGCAUAAUCGGAGUGUCAGUGGUGAGGCGGCAAGUGCAGAUGUAGAAGCAGCAGAAAAAUUUCUUGACCAAAUUGAUAAAAUCAUAGAGAAAGGCGGCUACUGUCCAGAACAAAUCUUUAAUGUGGAUGAAGCCGGGCUUUUUUGGAAGAAAAUGCCUGAAAGGUCCUACAUACACAAAGAAGCUAAAACAAUGCCUGGCUUCAAGGCUUUUAAGGACAGGGUCACAUUGUUGUUGGGAGGAAAUGUUACUGGGUUCAAGUUGAAGCCUUUACUCAUCUAUUGGUCUGAGAACCCACGUGCAUUGAAGAACGUUAGUAAGCACACAUUUUCUGUUUACUAUCGAGCAAACAACAAGGCAUGGAUGAAGUAAGCUUUAUUUGAAGAUUGAUUCAAUAACUGCUUUACACCCUCGGUGAAGCAUUACUGUCUGGAAAAGGGCGUUCCCUUUAAAAUCAUCCUUCUGCUUGAUAAUGCUCCAGGCCACCCCCAGCAUCUUGAUGAUCUACACCCAGAUGUAAAGAUAGUGUAUCUGCCUAAAAACACAACUGCUAUCCUUCACCCAAUGGACCAGGGGGCUAUAGCUACAUUCAAAGCAUACUUUUUGCGCACAACUUUUUCCAAAGCUGUAGCAACAACAGAAAACAAUGAACUUAAUUUUGAGGUUGAACUGCAAGAUAUUAAAGAAUUAGUGGAAUAUACUGAGGGAGAGCUAAGUACAGAAGAUUUAAUAGAGUUGGAAGCACAGCAACACUUAGAAGAGGAGGAAGAAGAAGAGGAAAGAAUUGAAGAAGUACCAAAGAACUUCACUGCAAAGAGAUUAGCGGGUGUGUUCUCAAAAGUGAAUGCAGCUAUGUUAGAACUGGAAGCUAUGGAUCCGAUUGUUGAACGGUUCACAAAAGUGGAACGGCAAAUAAGUGAACUUUUACGUUGCUAUCGUGAAAUGUAUGAAGCAAAAAAGAAAAUGACAAAACAGACCACACUAACGGAAUUUUUCUCGAAAACUACACCCAGGACCCCUAUUACUAGUUUAUUAAUUUCUACUUCAUCAUCUCCCGUGCCUUCUACAUCUCCUGAUCAGAAUUCCGAUGAUGACACUGAUGAUACCUUUUUAGGAUUCAAAGAGUAA